AUGACAUUUGAACCAUAUGCGGGUGGCCCCCGCGCCAACGGGCCUGAGGAUCUAGAUCUGACCCCUCCAGAAGGUCGUGAAGACUCAGCACCUGUAUCCAGCCGGUCUUCAAUGUCCUACACAAGGACAUACUCAACACCAGCGACCGGGGCACAAACCCCCGAUCCACUGAUGGGCCACAAGAUCGUGGACAAAGUCGCCCUCCAAGACCUUUCCAUAAAUGACAUCGGGCGAGAAAUCAACGAGAGCUACGCCCUCGAUACAACAAGCAAAAUGAAAAACAGAAAACACGCAGACUCAGUAUCCCAUUCUCAUCCCGAUAGCGACGAAGAAUCGGGAUCCCCGAUCCGCACGAAGCAAGGAAUCCCACCCGAGCUCUCAAGCUUCACAGCAGAGCUCAUCCUAAUCUUCGUCUGCUCAGCAGGCCUAAUGCUCUUCUCCUUCUUGCUAGGCGACAUGCUCGCUCCACAAGAACAAAUCAAAACAGCCCUCGGCAUCACAAACACUGAACUCCCCUGGGUCGUCGGCGCAUUCAACACAGCAAACGGCCUAUCGGUAGUAAUCUCCGGCUCACUAACAGACCUAAUGCCCCCAAAGCUCCUAAUGGUCGGAGCCUUCGCCUGGCUCGCCGUAUGGAACCUAAUCGGCGCAUUCGCCCUCCACCCAUCCCGCUAUGUCCUGUUCUUUGUCAUGCGCGCCAUGCAGGGUCUCUCCAUCGGCGUCCUAGUCUCAGGAAGCAUGAGCAUCCUCGGUCGUGUCUAUACACCCGGUGUUCGCAAGAACCGUGUAUUCUCCGCAAUGGCCGCGACAGCUCCGUUCGGGUUCUCUCUCGGCGCUCUACAGGGUGGAGCUCUGUACCAACACCUCCCGUGGAUCUUCGGCUCAAACGCCAUUAUCUGCAUCCUGUUGUGUGCGGCUGCUUGGUUCGCCAUUCCACCUCUCAAACCUAUCGCGGAUGUAUCCGGUAAAGAGGCACCGUCGAUCAAGCAAUUCGAUUACAUCGGCGGUUUCUGCGCUGCUGGCGGUUGUGUGUGUCUCUUGUUCGGAUUAACGCAAGGCCCUGUCGCAUCGUGGUCUCCUUACACGUAUGUCCUAAUCAUCGUCAGCGCCCUGUUGUUCGCCGGGCUCUUUUUCGCGGAACGCAACGCAGUUCGCCCUCUCAUCCCUAACCGUCUUUGGCGCACACCGGGCUUCACUCCACUGAUGAUCGCAUAUUUCCUUGGUUUCGGGUCUUUCUUCGGCUGCUGGCAGUUCUACGCCAUUCAGUUCUGGUUGCGUAUCCAACACGCCACUCCCAUUGCUGUUGCGUUGUAUCAUAUCCCCAAUGCACUGGUCGGUGUCCUGGCGACGUUGAUCGUCGCCCGCACUCUGCACCUCGUCCCGGGUCACUAUAUUUACGCGGUAUCUAUGCUUGCAUUCACGCUUGGUCCGGCGUUUUUCCUGCCACAGACUGCCAACACCAGUUACUGGGCGCUUUCGUUCCCGGGUAUUUCGCUGGUAACUUUCGGUCCUGAUCUUGCUUUUGCAGCGGCGUCGAUCUUCAUUACUAGUAAUGUUGAGCGGUCAUAUCAGGGGAGCGCGGGCGCUUUGUUGGUUACGAAUCAAAAUCUUUCGUCGGCGAUUAUGACUAGUGUUGCUGAUGCUAUUGGAACUCGUGUUAGUCGGGGUCCGGAUGGGGAAAUUGGUCUUGAGGGGCUGCAUGCUAUUUGGUGGUUUGCUCUUGCGGCGCAGUUGCUUGCUGCGUUAGUCACGAUUAUUUGGGUUAGGAUUCCCAAGGAGGAGGAGAAGGAGCAUGUUACUUAA